AUGGUUUUUCCAAAACCUUCUUCUGAGUCUGACCUCUUUCUUUAUUCCAAUUUUGCUUCUCCUUAUGCUAGGGACUCUCUUCCCAGGUUCAGUAUGCCCGAGAACUCCAUGCCUAAAGAAGUUGCUUACCAGAACAUACACGAUGAGUUGCAGCUUGAUGCCAUUCCAAAGCUUAACUUGGCUUCCUUUGUCACCACUUCCAUGGAGGAAGAGUGCAACAAGCUCAUCAUGGAAUCUAUCAACAAGAACUAUGUAGACAUGGACGAGUAUCCUGCCACCACUGACCUUCACAAUCGAUGCGUGAACAUGAUAGCACGUUUGUUCCAUGCUGAAAUAGAAGAAAAUGAGAAUGCAGUUGGAGCAGGAACUGUGGGAUCAUCAGAGGCCAUAAUGCUGGCAGGGCUUGCAUUCAAGAAGAAGUGGCAUAACAAGCGGAAGGCAGAGGGUAAGGCAUACGAUAAGCCUAAUUUGGUCACUGGUUCCAACGUGCAAGUAUGUUGGGAGAAAUUUGCCAGGUAUUUUGAGGUGGAGUUGAGGGAAGUGGAGGUGAGAGAAGGGUACUACGUCAUGGACCCUGCUAAAGCAGUUGAAUUGGUUGAUGAGAACACUAUUUGUGUGGCUGCAAUCUUGGGUUCAACUUACAAUGGAGAGUUCGAAGAUGUGAAGCUCCUCAAUGAUCUACUACUACAAAAAAACAAGCAAACUGGCUGGGAUACGCCUAUUCAUGUGGAUGCUGCUAGUGGUGGUUUUAUUGCUCCUUUCCUUUAUCCAGAGCUAGAGUGGGAUUUCAGACUCCCAUUGGUGAAGAGCAUUAAUGUGAGUGGCCACAAAUAUGGACUUGUUUAUGCUGGUAUUGGUUGGGUUAUUUGGAGGAGCAAGGAGGACUUGCCAGAAGACCUUGUCUUCCAUAUUAAUUACCUUGGAGCUGACCAACCCACCUUCACCCUCAAUUUCUCUAAAGGUUCUAGUCAAAUUAUUGCUCAAUAUUAUCAGUUAAUUCGCCUUGGACAAGAGGGUUACCGAAGCAUAAUGGAGAACUGCAGAGAAAAUGCAAUGGUGCUGAAGGAAAAUUUGGAGAAGAGUGGACGCUUUAGCAUACUCUCAAAAGACAAUGGUGUUCCUGUGGUGGCAUUUUGUCUGAAAGACAGAAGCCAGUACGAUGAGUACAAGAUAUCAGAGAUGUUGCGCCGCCACGGUUGGAUCGUGCCAGCUUAUCCAAUGCCACCUGCUGCUCAACACGUCAAUGUACUCCGUGUGGUGAUCAGGGCCGAGUUUUCACGCACCCUUGCUCAACGCCUUGUGUUUGACAUAUACAAUGUGAUGCAUGAACUUGAUAAACUACAUCCUCCCAAAGUCAUCAACAACAUUAAGGAAGAGAACAAGGGCUUGGUUGAAAGUGGAGUUAAGAACACUGUAUUGGAUGCACAUCGGGAAAUCAUUGCUCAUGAAUCAAACAAGCGUCAGAAAAUCAUGGCUGCAUAG